UGGGAAGAUGAUCCCAGUGUCUCAGUCUGUGGAGCUUCGUCGUAGAAAACAAACGUGCAUCUGUCCGAUGAUGUCGUUCGCUCUUAACCUAUUGGUGCUGUGCCUGGGCUCUUUGUGUUUGCUUUUCCUCUCGAUUGAAGCCAGAUCUCGGCCCUGCAUCGACGAUCGCAUAGUAUUUCCCAAGGAUAACGAUGAAGACGUAUUCUCCUCCAAGUUCGCCUUGCCGAGUGCCAACUCAACGACAACGGAGGUGCCUUCGACCACAAAAAUAACUUCUUUAUCAACUAAAGAGACAACUGAGCUCGUUUCGACCGAUUCGGAGGAGUUGAUCACCGAGAAGCCGGUGGUAGACAAUCGAAUAUUGAUCGAUACAUCCCCGAAAUGCAAAGAAGGCUUCGAGCUGCGGGCGAAUCGUUGCCGAAAGUCGGCUUAGUCUUAAGAGAUCCAUGUUAGAGUCAAUAAAGUGAUAUUUUAUUUUGAAUAGAAA